AUGAAUCAAUUGUUUCUCGUCGGGGGGCUAGUGUUGAUUGUUUCCAAUUUCCUCAUUUCUGCCCUGAAAAUCGCCAGCGCGACAAGUACAAUUGAAUACACACCGGAAUUAAUCGCCAUCAAGGACGAUUAUUCAGGGAGUGCUCAAAUUGUGAAUGGCGGCGUUGCAAACAUAGUCAGCGACACAAGCGUCGAUCUGGCAUCGAAUGCCGAAACCCAAGCGUUGCGGCAAUACGCCAGCCAUAAGAACCUGCGUAUAAUUUACACUGUCGCCGAAGUUUAUUACCGUAUUGUCGCCAACAAGAAGUCUGGAAUCAGUUCGCUUUCAGAUUUGAAGGGAAAGAGAAUUGGUACGAUACCAAGUACCUCCGCUGCGUACUUUGUCGAAAAGUAUCUCGCCACCGCCGGAUUGAAGGCUUCUGACUACACUGUUUCUUAUGGCAGCAUAUGCAUGUCUGCACCUUGCGGGUCUGGCACAUUCCCUUACAUGCUCGCACAUGGCUCCAUCGACGCGGUUGGAAUGUGGGAACCUACAGGGGAAUUGGCUGCUCAGGCUCUUGGUUCCGACGCAAUUGUGUUCCAAGAUCGAUCAGUUUAUCGAGAGAUCUUCAAUCUUCAUAGCACGGCUGAAAAGCUGAAGGAUCCAACCACGCGGAAAAACAUCGUCGCUUUUAUUCAGGCGUUGAACAAAGCUGAAGCUGUUUUUAAUACGGAUCCUCAAAGCGUUUGGCCUCGUGUUGCGGCGGCUGUCAAUAUGGACCUCAAUAUUCUCAAAGCUGUUUGGCCAAUCCAUAGCUUUAAUGGUACUUUGCCAUCGGAUUUGCUAGAUGUACUUGUGGCAGAAGAUCAAUGGGUUGCAAAACAGGAUCGACGAACUGCAAUGACGACGGCUGAUCUCACCAACCUUAUUGAUCCGAGUGUUUUGAAGGAGGCAUUGCAGACCUAA